UUGCCAUGGGGACGCGGCCUUGCCUUCUCGGCGGGUCGGUUUGUUGACGUACCGCAGGGUCACUAGGGGCAGUGCCCCGGGGUGUCAGAGCAGCCACAGUCAAAGGUUCGGAUGCCUCAGCAGGGGAAACAGUUGGACCACACGCCUUGACAUUCAGUUGAACAUCUAAAAUUAGGCAUGUUACAUUCAGUUGCUGAGGGGACAGUUUCAGUACUUCAUGGCAUUCAUUGGAUAGAACUUGCAAGUGCAAGUAUUCAGAAACAAUUAAAAUCUAUCAACCUACAGUAAUGGCAUCAUGCUUGUACGAAUGUCUUUGUGAGGCAGAACUUGGAAAAUAUUACCCUCAUUUUUCUGCCUUUGGCCUUCAGAAAAUAGAUGAAUUAGCUAAAGUCACAAUGAAAGACUACUCCAAAUUGGGAGUCCACAAUAUGAAUGACCGUAAGCGCCUCUUCCAACUCAUUAAAAUCAUUCAAAUCAUGCAGGAAGAAGAUAAAACCACUAACAGCACCCAGCAAGAUCUUCCAACAAGUAACCUCCAUGUCCGUCCUCAAAGAGCCAGAUCAGGACCUCGAAGGCAACUGUGCUUUGAUGCUUUUGUUGACAAAAAAGACCAAACACCAGAGGGUUUUGCAUUUGACACAUGUAGUCUAUCAGACUUCUGUUCAGCUGAACACAAACCCAAUCUAGUAGAUAUGCUGGAGCAUAUUCUGCCAGGUGAUACCCAGUACAAUAAAAAGCCAAGAACUCCUAAUGCUGCAGCUGCUGAUACAAGUGUGCAAACAGAAACAAACAGUACAGCAUUGUUUUCACCAAAUAACCUUUCUCCACUUUUGGGAGAUAUUGAGGUCCCUACCAUACAAAGAGUCCCUCACAUUUCUGGAUAUAAUUAUGGAGUCCCUCAUUCUUAUAUCAGAGAGAAUAUGUCAGAGAAGGGUAAUGUUUGGACUGAAACUGAGAAAAUCCGAGUAUGUGUACGGAAACGCCCUCUGGGCAUGAGGGAAGAAAGGCGUGGAGAAAUUAACAUUAUUACAGUAGAAGAUAAAGAAACUUUACUUGUCUAUGAAAAGAAAGAGGCGGUUGACCUUACCCAGUAUAUUUUGCAGCAUGUUUUUUAUUUUGAUGAAGUCUUUGGUGAGAUGUCUACCAAUCAAGAUGUAUAUAUGAAGACCACUCACCCACUCAUUCAGCAUAUUUUUAAAGGAGGAAAUGCCACUUGCUUUGCAUAUGGACAAACAGGGGCUGGAAAGACUUAUACCAUGAUAGGUACUCAUCAAAACCCAGGGCUCUAUGCUCUCGCUGCUGAAGACAUCUUUAGGCAAAUAGACCUAGCCCAGCCAAGGAGAGACCUCUCUGUGUGGAUUAGUUUUUAUGAGAUCUACUGUGGACAACUUUAUGAUCUUCUAAAUGGAAGGAAAAGACUUUUUGCAAGAGAAGAUAGUAAGCAUGUUGUACAGAUAGUGGGAUUGCAGGAACUUCCAGUCGAUAGUGUGGAUCUCCUUUUAGAGGUUAUUUUGAAGGGUGGCAAGGAACGUAGCACUGGUGCUACUGGAGUCAAUUCAGAUUCCUCCCGUUCCCAUGCUAUCAUCCAAAUUCAGAUAAAAGAUUCAGCCAAGAGAACCUUUGGAAGGAUAUCUUUCAUUGACUUGGCUGGAAGUGAGAGAGCAGCUGAUGCCAGAGAUUCAGAUAAACAAACAAAAAUUGAAGGUGCAGAAAUAAACCAGAGCCUUCUAGCUCUGAAAGAAUGCAUCCGUGCAUUGGACCAGGAACAUGCUCAUACUCCCUUCAGACAAAGCAAAUUAACUCAGGUACUGAAAGAUUCUUUCAUUGGUAAUUCCAAAACCUGCAUGAUUGCCAAUGUAUCGCCUAGCCAUAUGGCUACAGAGCAUACCUUGAACACUUUACGUUAUGCUGACAGGGUGAAAGAACUAAAAAAAGGAAUUAAAUGCUAUACCCCAGUUACCAGUCGAAAUCGGUCAUCUGGACAUGUGUCUCCAAAACGGAUUCAGUGUUCACCUUCAGUACUGCCAGCAGACAAGUAUUCUCCCAAAAAAGUGAAGUUGGGAUUUCAGCAACCUCUCACAUCGGCCUUUAGCACUACACGAGAGAAGUGCUAUCCUUUAGCCUUUCAUUCAGCCAAUGUCCCUUUUUCUUCUACUCCCAAAGUCACGGGCAAAGGGAAUAUCUCCAAAGGAAAUCUUAGCCAUGUAUGCACCACCCCCACUACCCCUUUUAAAGAACCUGCAAAGGCAGGGUCUCCUGCAAAGAAGAAGACAGAAGAUUCUACAUUGGGUUUCAAGAAGCUCUGUCCUAGCAGGGACCUUGCUGGCAAACCAAACACAGCUAUAGUGCUAGGAAACAGGGGUGUGGGUCUCAGGAGGACCUAUGUGUCGGGCCAGUGCAAAAAAGUACCAGCAGUGCAGCCAGUGCAGAAGCAACUUGUAUCCCGCGAUGAGUUCUCUUUUGGUGAGCCCCAUCACGGAGGGCAGUGUAGUCAGACCUGUGAGAAGGUGCUGACCAAAUGCUGUUCUGAAGCUUGGACCACUAUACCUCCUCAUCAGAAAGACAGGGAAGCACAUUUGCGUUUUUACCACAAGCAGUUUCAGCAACCACCUCUUCUCCAACAGAAGUUAAACUACCAGCCACUGGAACGGUUUUUAUGUCAAUACAACCCCCAAGAUAUUAGAGUCCAGCAAGAUACACCUCCCCUGCAUCCUCCUUACUCCCCGAACCAAGAUGUCACUCAACUGGAAGACCUAGAUGACAGUGAUUUCAGUGAAGAUUCGUUUACACCUAUUUCUAACCAAAGGACAGUCAAGAGAAGAAAUACCCAGGAAUAUAGUAAACAUUCAUUCUUCCUUCAUAAGAGAGAAGAACAAGGAACUGAGGAUCAGAAAGCUGAAAGUGAGCAGAGUUUGUUUUUUAACUACAGGAUAAAUACUCAAGAGAAUGAUUUGAAUGAACAUUGGGUCUGUGCCAGGAAUCCAGCCUGUUUAAACACAGCAGAGCUGAAUAAAGGGCACCACAACAAGACCCUUUCUGAUUGGAGCAUACGGGAUGACUUGACUUCCUUAGACUCCUCUCCCAGUGACAACAUAGCAGAACAGCUUUACUGCUCACAGGUGGAUUUUGUUCAUAACAGGAGGAAGAGUAACCGAGCAUUUGACCAGAAACAUGUCCCUUUCAAAGAUGAACCCUGUCUCCAGGCUGAUACCACCUCAUCACCACCAGAACAGGACCCAUCCACAUUCUCAGCGUUAAACCUUGCAGAUCAUGAGUCUUCAGAUCAAAUUGAUUCAGUCAUCUUACCACAGGAAGAAAGCAACAAUAGCAGCCAAACUCAGCGGAUGCAGCCAAUGAAGAAAAGUAAUAACUUUCAUACCGAAGGAGACUUUGGUGAAGUAUCAGGGACAUCAGCAGAAUCGGCUUCCUGGCCGAUGGCCCCUCUCACAGUGUCUCUUCUUGAGAGCACAGACAAAGAAACUUCUAAUGAACCCUUUCUUAACCAGAUACCAAGAUCCCCUCAGAGGAGGAAAUGGGUACUUGAUAUGAGGACACCAACUUCUGGAAAGUGUGACAAGGAGGUCAGAAUGUUCAAUACAACCAAAGACCUCACGGCAGAAAAUACCAUUAUGCUCCCGGGUCUGGACAAACCAACAUUGGCUUCUGACAGCAAGUCAGCUCUGCUGCUGUCUCUACAAUCAGAGGACCAGUGGUUUUUGUCAGCCUGUGCUGCUGCUGAACCUGCUAGUGAUCUCCCAAACCUAUCUUCCUCAGCAGUCCAUCAGGGCUCAGUUAAUGAUCCCUCAGUAAGUGAAGCCAAUAUGGAAGAGUCCUUGGAGAGCCAAGUGGGAACAGUGGCCUUAAGAAACAUAAAAUGCCAAGACUAUGUAAACAGCAAGCAUCAUGAUGCAGAUACAGAAGAGACCGUGCUGAGCUGGGAUUUGGGCUCCCCAGAAAAGCCCGACCCUAACAAAGAAAGUCUAGGAGUCAGCGCCGGGCCAGCUUCUCCUGUGGUUCCUGUAGAUGUGCCUGAAAAAGAGUUUUUGAGCAGCUCAGAGGCUCUUACAAAAACCAGAAGCAUUUGUUCCCCUGUCCAGUCCCUAGACCAAGAGAACAAGCCUCAGAAAUCUGAAAGCCCCUUCAAGUUGUCUUUCAGUAGUGAGGAAAUUGGGCAACUAAAACAUAGACUGAUGCAGAGCAUCUUUACACAGGCAGGCCUUCUUCGGGAACAUGCCACAGGCUCUCUGACUGCUGAGCCCAUGAAUUCUUUGGCAAAUCAGACUUCAGAAAACCAAUCUACCCCUGGCAGUCAAAGUAGCCUAUUCCAGCUUGUGCAAGAGAGGCAUGAGGAAACCCUAAAACAAGCACAGCAGGUUGUCAUUCAAGCCCACCAGGAACAGCUGGACAAAAUGGCUGAAUUGGAUUUCAAGGAGGAGAGUUUGAUUGAUCAAAUGACAGCAGCUGAUUUUGAAGACUUUGUGACCCAGCUAGAUGAAAUCAUGGUCCUGAAAUCCAAGUGCAUCCAGAGCCUCCGAGGCCAACUACAGCUCUACCUUGCCUGCUGCAGGUCUGAAGCUUCCCUAGAGAGAAUGUCAGCCUCUUAGAUUGGAGAGUCCUUUGGACAGGUGGAGAGGGCUUUGGGGUGGGGAAGGAAUACCCCUGCAUGCCCUGACUAUGCCAACAACUUAUUUUUAUUCUGGUUCCUUUAUGACUAGUGCACAACUGAGUUAAGGGAAGGCAGGGUAGAAGAUACCUGUGCAGCAGAGAUGUCAACUAUGUAGAGUAGCACCAUGCAUCUCUGGCAUAUGAAUCCUCACCGCCAGUGCUCCUAGCCUUCAUGUGGACUAUGCCAUGUGACAGUGAUCCUUAAGAUAAUGUGGCAGCUUUUUUGUAGAGCACAAAAUGUCUGUUACUGAGUGAACAGUCCCACCAAAGAUCAGGAAGAUACUCGAGGAGAUGCUGGAAGGCUGCUGCAUGUGAGUGAGCAGGAUGGCCUGAAGAGGGAGAGUAACUUUGUUAUGUAAGGCCAUUCUGGGGGCGGCGCUGCUAGAAGUGGUUUGGCCAGCUGCACAGUUCUUUUAGGAGAACAGAAUUGGUUCCAGUAUCUCUGAUAAUCAGCAAAAGUGUAAGUGUUGGGCAGGAGGAAUUGCCUAGAAUGUUUUCUAGGAAGUUUGGACUCUGAAUGUUAAGGAGUGGAGGAGGGGUUACACCAUUAGUUCACAGCCCCUUUACUCCUUGGAGGUUUUGACAAAAUUGAAGAGUUACCAGUUCAGGUCCAGACCCCUCCUAUAUCCCAGGCUUUGGAGACUAAGAUUGGGUUGAGUUUUUACAUUGCCUAUUUUAAAAAAAAAAAAUUAGUAAGAUUAUACUAAUUUUGACAUGUAUUUAAUUUAAUUAAUUAAUAAAAGAGGUCUGAUUUCUACACCUUGUAAACCAACCCAUCCUUUGUUCUUAAAUGGAAGGCUAUUUGUGAUCUUGUGCUUUUUUAGCAAGAGUGUGCUUGAGAUGUUUUGUGCUAUGACUUGC